AUGGUCGACAAGGGUACUGUCCUUGCAGCAAACGCAGCGUUCGCAAGUCAGCACCACCGAGGACGUGUCUGCGUCUUCGCUGGGGCUACCAGCGGCAUUAGCUACGGUACACUCCGCAAAAUCGUGACCAUGCUGCACUCAUCCAGCUCUUAUAUCCUGGGAAGGUCGCCGUCACGUUUUGCAACGAAACUCAACCAGCUCAAGACGCUGGCACCCACGUACACGAGCGAACACCUAGAGGCAUCAUUCGCCGUCUCGUACUAUUCCCGCCUGCGACUUGUUUUUAACCUGUUGCCAUUACUUCGCAACUCAUGCGACCCUCGGGUAUUGUCCAUCUCACACGGCACCCAAGAGAAACGGAUCAACGAGGAGGACCUAGGACUUGGCAAGAAAUGGAGUAUAUCGGGCUUGGUCAACCACACGACGAUUUGCACCAGCCUGUCAUUCGAUUACCUGGCAGCAGAUGGCAUGACUAAGUCCAUCACCUUCCUGCACGCCACUCCUGGCUUCGUCAACACAGGCAAGCCUCGCACGACGUACCCUUCGAGGAAAGAUGGGGCAAUGUGGUGGGCGUUCCCGUCUGUCAUGCAGGUGGUGUCGGGCUGGAUUAUUCGCUUCUUCGGCUUCUCGCUGGAGGAAUCGGGGGAGGACACGUGUUUCACCUGA